CGCUCAGCUGACUGCUGGAGGAGGAAGAGGAAAACGAUGGAAGGAAACAGAGACGAGGCAGAAAAAUGUAUCAAAAUAGCCACGAAAGCCCUCGAAGCUGGAGAUAAAGAAAAGGCUGUCAGGUUUCUCAACAAAGCAGAGAAGCUGUAUCCCACUGACAAAGCUAAAGCUUUUUUGGAUGCACUGACAAAGAAUGGAAGCUCAGCAGGUAACGGCGCAUAUCGCAGGAGACCAGCAGAACACUCUGAAAAUAAUAACGGUGCCCAGCCAGAGGGGGAAAGUUGCAAACCUGAAGGAGGUGAUUCGUCUAAAAGUUUCACCAAAGACCAGGUUGAAGGUGUUAAAAGAAUAAAACGGUGUAAGGACUAUUAUGAAGUACUUGGUGUCAACAAAGAAGCCAAUGAUGAUGAGCUGAAAAAAGCAUACAGGAAACUAGCGCUGAAGUUCCACCCAGACAAAAACCACGCACCUGGAGCAACGGAGGCCUUUAAAAAGAUUGGCAAUGCUUAUGCAGUUCUUAGCAACCCAGACAAAAGACGACAGUAUGACGUGACAGGCGGGGAGGAGCCGAGCAGCCCAAGUCAGUCACAAGGGGCAGGCUUCGACUUCCACAGGGGCUUCGAGGCGGACAUAACUCCUGAGGACCUCUUCAACAUGUUCUUUGGAGGCGGCUUCCCUUCCUCAAGUGCACACACUUUCACCAACAGUCGAAGCUACAGCCAUCAGACGGAUCACCGACAGGAGCGGACUGAAGAAAGGGGAGAUGGUGGCUUUUCAAUGUUUAUCCAACUGAUGCCCAUCGUGGUCCUAAUUUUGCUGUCAAUCCUGAGCCAGAUGAUGGUGUCCCCUCCACCCUACAGCCUCUAUUCUAGACCGUCCACGGGCCAGACCGUAAAAAGACAGACUGAAAACCUGCAUGUUGACUACUAUGUCACCAGAGAUUUCAAGUCUGAGUUUAAGGGCGCAGCUCUGCAACAAAUUGAGAAAAGUGUAGAGGAGGACUAUGUAACUAAUGUUAGAAAUAACUGUUGGAAAGACAGACAGACAAAAACAGAACUGCUUUAUGCUGCAAAAGUCUACAGGGAUGACCGAAUGCGUAAGAAGGCAGAACUCAUGACCAUGGAUAGCUGCAAAGAGCUGGACAGACUAAAUGACCUAUUCAGAGGCGGAUGAGUUGGGUUCUUUUAGAAAAUGUAAAUAUAUAUGAUAGAUAUGUAUGUCCAUGUCUUUUUUUUUUUUUCCUUUUUUUUUUUUUUUUUUUUUUUAAGAGAGUCUUUACUCUAGGAGCAAAAACUUACUUAAAUAGUUUAGCUCUAAUGUUAAAAUGACCCAACUCCCUGUAUUCCUUUCCGCCAACUUCUCUUCUUCCUCACUCCAGCCUGACCCCGGGAGACCCCAGGAAUCGCCUUGUUACGUCAUAAUGAACCCAGUCUACACACUGUUGAAAGUUAUAGACUUUUUUUCUUUCUUUUUUUUUUAACUUUGUUUUUCAAUCAACGGGAAGGACCAGGACACUUGAUUGUAAAGGCAUGUGCUUUUAGUAGCAAGAACCUGACAGGGAUUCUGUACAUGCAGAAAUACCUUCUGAACAAGCAGAGGUGACAGCUUUUGGCAGCAUCUGCUCGUCAUAAACAGAAAAUCAGAGACAUUAUAGAUUCAAUUGGAGGUGUUGUCCUUCAGCCAAAUCCAUAUAGUAAAUAAAACUAAAUAUGGAAAUCAAAGAGAACUUGUUAAGCUUCCUGUUCACAUUGUGUGGAUGAAGAAUAAUGCAUCAUAGUGAUUUUGCUACCUAAAAACAUUUAGUUUUCCAGCACAAAAUGUGAAGCUGGUUGGGACUAAACAUGAAAGGACAGUGAAACUAUUGUUCAUAACUAGUUGUACAUUUUCGUUUUUGAAUGUUUAAAUUUAAUGCAGUUAUUUAAGUAACUAUAGAAGAACCGGUGGUCUUCUUAAAUGCUCACCUGAUCAUUUAAAUAAAGUUAAUUGUUACCAUAGA